GAUUAUAGUAUUUAUAUUACCUAGACACCUUCAAUUAAAACCCCUCUCACUCCCCUCCGUCUCUUCCACCACCUCCACCUCCGCAGCAACACAAAACAACACCAUUAAUUAAGAGAGGUGGUGUUGUUGUUGUUGUCGUCGUUCAUGGUGCUCAUGGAGCACUCCCCGAGCUCCCUCCUCCGCCUCCUCUUCCUCCUCCUCGCCUCCCUCCUCCUCCUCCUCUUCCUCCUCUCCUACUCCUACCUCCACCUCCCCUCCUCCCCCUCCUCCUACCUCUCCUCCUCCCCUAAACCCACCACCCAUAAUCACGAAGAGGACGUUCCCCACCACCCCCUCGACCCCCUCACCAUCCGCGAGCUCUCCCUCGCCCGCUCCAUCCUCCUCUCCACCCCUCCCUUCUCCUCCUCCUCCUNCACCCUCUCCUCCUCCUCCUCCUCCUCCUCCUCCUCCUCCUCUCCUCUCUCCAUCCACUCCCUCUCCCUCCUCGAGCCCCCCAAGCCCCUCGUCCUCUCAUGGCGCCCGGGCGCCCCCCUCCCCCCUCGCCGCGCCCUCGCCGUCCUCCGCUUCCGCUCCGCCCCCUACGUCGUCUCCGUCGACCUCUCCGGCGCCACCGUCUCCCACCUCCCCUUCAACUCCUCGGGCUUCCCCGCCAUGACCAUCGAGGACAUGACGUCGUCGACGUGGGCGCCGCUCGCCGACCCCGAGUUCAACCGGACGGUGCUCGCCCGCGGCGUCCGGCUCUCCGACCUCGCCUGCCUGCCCAUCUCCCCCGGCUGGUUCGGCCCCGACGAGGAGGGCCGCCGGGUGAUCAAGAUCCAGUGCUACUCCGCCGACGGCACCGCCAACUUCUACAUGCGCCCCAUCGAGGGCCUCACCGUCCUCCUCGACCUCGACACCAAGGAGGUCCUCCGCAUCUCCGACCGCGGCUCCGCCAUCCCCAUCCCCGCCGCCGCCAACACCGACUACCGCUACGACUCCCGCACCGCCCAAACCAAGAAGAACAAGCGGGUGCGUCCGGUGAACCCGAUGUCGAUGGAGCAGCCGGCGGGGCCGAGCUUCGAGGUGGAGAACGGGCACCAGGUGAAGUGGGCCGGGUGGGACUUCCACAUAAAGGCGGACGCGCGGGCGGGGAUCGUGGUGUCCGGGGUGGGGAUCGUGGACCCGGAGAGCGGGGAGCGGAGGGAGGUGAUGUACAAGGGGAUGGCGUCGGAGCUGUUCGUGCCGUACAUGGACCCGUCGGAGGCCUGGUACUUCAAGACCUACAUGGACGCCGGCGAGUACGGGUUCGGCCUGCAGGCCAUGCCCCUCGUGCCGCUCAACGACUGCCCGCGCAACGCCUACUAUCUCGACGGCGUCUUCGCCGCCGCCGACGGCCGGCCCUACGUCAGGGAUAACAUGAUCUGCAUCUUCGAGCGGUACGCCGGCGACAUCGCGUGGCGCCACUCCGAGAGCCCCAUCACGGGAAUGGAUAUAAGGGAGGUGAGGCCGAAGGUGACGCUGGUGGCGAGGAUGGCGGCGUCGGUGGCCAACUACGACUACAUCGUCGACUGGGAGUUCCAAACCGACGGACUCAUCCGCAUCAAGGUGGGGCUGAGCGGGAUCCUGAUGGUGCGUGGGGCCCCCUACACGCACGUGAGCGAGGUGCCGGCGCACGUGGACCCGUACGGCACGGUGCUGUCGGAGAACGUGGUGGGGGUGAUCCACGACCACUACGUCACGUUCCGCCUCGACCUCGACGUCGGCGGCGCCGCCAACAACUCCUUCGUCCGUGUCGCCCUCUCGCGCCAUGACACCUCCGCCGACCGGUCAGGGUCCAAGUCGCCGCGCGCCAGCUACCUUGCGGCGACGCGCCACGUUGCGCGGUCCGAGGGCGACGCGCGCGUGCGGCUCAGCCUCUACGACCCCGCCGAGUUCCACGUCAUCAACCCCGCCAGGACGACGCGUGUCGGCAACCCCCUGGGUUACAAGGUCGUGCCGGCUGGCACCGCCGCCAGCUUGCUUGACCCCCAGGAUCCGCCGCAGCUCCGCGGUGCGUUCACCAAUAAUCAGAUUUGGGUGACACCCUACAAUGAGAGUGAGGAAUGGGCUGGGGGGCUGUUUGUGUACCAAAGCAAAGGGGAUGACACAUUGGCUGUUUGGUCAGAAAGGGAUAGGCCAAUUGAAAACAAGGACAUUGUGUUGUGGUACACCCUAGGGUUUCACCACAUACCAUGCCAAGAGGAUUUUCCGAUCAUGCCGACGGUGUCUUCAAGCUUCGAUCUCAAGCCCGUCAACUUCUUCGAGCGCAAUCCUAUCCUCUGGGACCCGCCGAACUCCGAGAAAGACCUACCGGUUUGCACUGCAGCGUCAACAGCGGCGAUGGCGGCUUAACGGAAGCGUAUCAGUUCUCCUCUUAGACAUUAUGAGCUUCUUGAAUGAGAAAAAUGGGGUAAUUGAUGCAAUGAAUGGACUAGAAUUUUUGUACAGUGGUUUCUCCAUGAAAGAUGUUGCUGCAUUUUGAAACUUGGGCAUAUAUUGUAAAAUAACUGUUCGACUUUUGAAAAUAAUUAAGAGACCGAAGGAUAGUAUUUUAAUAUUUUAUGUUCAACACUUCUGUUUAGGCUUGAUACUUUUUUAUAGGUAAGACGAGAGAUUUAAACUCAAA